UUACUCCAGCAGAGACUUGUACCAUGUUUGCGAGGCGCCGAGUGACGUCACCAGCAGUGUAGACAGUGUAAACAUUACCCAAAAGUCUGCCAGAAAUAGUGAAGAUACUGGACCAAGAAGUGUUACUGGCCUACACAACGGCUGAGUCUUCAUCAUGGUGUGUGAAAAGUGUCAGAAAAAACUCGGCAGUGUGAUUACUCCAGACACAUGGAAGGAUGGUGCCCGCAACACAACUGAGAGCGGUGGACGCAAGAUAAAUGAGAACAAGCUUUUAACGAGCAAAAAAAAUCGUUUUAACCCUUACACUACUAGAUUCGUCGAGUGCAGAAUCUGCCGGACGAAGGUUCACCAGGCUGGCUCCAACUUCUGCCAGGGCUGUGCUUACAAGAAGGGUAUUUGUGCUAUGUGUGGCAAGAAAAUACUCGACACUAAGAGCUACUGUCAGUCAUCUGCAUAAACUAUAAUAAGAUUGUCUGCAUACACGAGGAACUGACGUGAAAGAAAUGACUCGUAUCACUUGUUUCAAUAAUGAAUGAUGUGUAGUUUUAAGGUGUAAAACCUGCUUUCUGUAGUUUGUAUUUUGUCAGGUAUAGAAAGAAUGAAUGAAAGAGAGCACAAAAAUGGUAAGGCAUCUGGACUGUUACGCUGGCGUAGGAGAGAUCUGUUAGUGGCACAAGAGUGAAAUGAAGACCAGGAAACACACUUGAGGGGAACUGUAAAUAAUAAUGUGAAGAGUGUAACUGGGUUAUUUUACACCUGUUAGUAACUCAGGUAUGUGUCUUGAACUGAUGUGCAGAUGUUAGGGAUUUAUCUUCUUAGUACUGGACUGUGUAUGAAAGUUGAAGAUAUGGUGUGUGUGUGUGUGUGUGUGUGUGUGUGUGUGUGUGUGUGUGUGUGUGUUUAUAUGGUAUAACCUUGGAAAUCUGGCACUAUUGGGGUCUAGAGCCUGUUGGACAGUUUUACGGUGGUGGAAUUUAAAUUUUACUGUGCAUUUAUGGUGAACAAUAGAUACCCGGGACAUGCUCAUGGUAGGCUAACCUUACCGGGCUGUGAGGUGUUAUGGUUACAUUUUAAUCCAUCUGUCCGGACGAUCUUGAUAUUAUUUCCAGUUAGCGUAGUUAGAGUUUUGGUUUGGCUAAUUUACGCUUAUCUUGUUAUCAGACAAUAACAGUUUCAGUUGUGCUUGUUUCACCUGUAAGUUUCACAAACACACACACAAACUGAACCCCCGCAUUACGGAAUGGAUGUGUUCUUGAAGAAAAGAGGAAUUCUGAGUUAUUACUGUACAGUACUUGUGUUCCUGCCACAGUUGUGUAACACUGCCAUUAAGGUUUCUUUCUCUAUCCCUGGUCCCCUCCACACAGCAGUGGGACACAAGUAAACAUCACAGAUACACUUUGAAUGUUACAACGUAUAGUAUGAAACGUAAUGAAAGUUUUUCUAGAAAAUAUUAAUUUUCUCCCAAAAAAUGUAGAUAAGUUUUAAUGGAAACUGAUUUAGGAUAGUGAGACAUUUCCUGGGACUUAAAACAAUUAAGAUUAAAUUUUUUUUAUUGUAAAUAAAAUCUUUAAUAUAA